AUGGAAUCGUGUCGUGCGCAGCUGAAGCCCGAAGAGGCGGAUGUGGUCCGUGCUACGUUGCCACUGAUCGGCGCCAACAUUGAGAAGAUCACGACCAACUUCUAUGGCACCCUGUUCGAAGAGAACCCUUCGCUGUUAAACGAUCUGUUUAACCGUGGCAACCAGAAGCAGGGUGCUCAGCAAAGGGCCUUGGCUGGCUCCAUUGCAAAGUUUGCGUCUUUGCUCGUCGCGCCCGCGGAGAACAUGCCGGCCGACCUUCUUUCGCGCAUUGGUCACAAGCACGCGGUCCUUGGCAUCGUUGAGGAUCACUACCCCAUUGUGUACAAGUACCUUUUCGGAGCUAUUGUUCACGUGCUGGGCGCGGACGUCGUGACGGCUGAUGUCGCUGCUGCAUGGACCUCGGUGUUCUGGAUCCUUGCAAAUGUGCUAAUCACAUUUGAAAAGGAACUGUACAAGGGGGCGGGCGUGCAGCCCGGAAAAGUUUUCCGCCAAGCAAAGGUUGUCGACCGCGACGAUCGGAGCGCGAACAUCGUCAGCUUCACGGUCGAGAGCACGGAUGCAUUCAAUCCUUUCCCCAAGCACCUGGCCGGGCAAUAUGUAUCUGUCGUGUCCAGCCUUCCAGACGGUGCCCGCCAAAUUCGCCAGUAUAGUUUGAUGGAUGCUUGCGAAAAUCCUGGGCAGCUCAGGUUUGCCGUCAAGGCGCUGCAGGCGCAAAAGGAUGCGCCUGCAGGCGAGGUAUCCAACUGGCUGGCCAAGGAGGUCAAGGUUGGUACCGAGCUCGCUGUAUCGCUUCCGUUCGGCGACCUUAUCUUGGACACAGAGAGCCAACGUCCAGUUGUUCUUAUUUCGUCCGGUAUUGGUAUCACGCCCAUGUUUGGCAUGCUUGCGCGCUUUGUUGCGGACAGGUCGUCGCGCAAAAUUGUGGCAAUUCACUGCGACCAGGACAUGGAUGGAGAUGCGUUUUACAAGGAGAGGCUUCACAUGGUUUCACAGCUUUCCUCGGGCGAGGCAAUGACGUGGCAUUCUGUUGGCGAGGUUACGAAGGACGUCAAGGUUGGCAGGAUGGACAUUGCCUCGCUGACCUUGCCCACUGAUGCGCAAUUCUACAUUUGUGGCGGUACAAAUUUCCUCAAGUCUAUUUGUGAUGGCCUACGCAAAAUUCAUGUUCCUGAAGAGGAUCUUCAUUUUGAACUUUUUACUCCCAACGACUGGCUCCUCUAG